AUGGAAGAAACACUCGAAGCUAUCAGAAAUCAAUUGGAGAACAUUGCUCGUGCUCAAGAAGAGCAAACAACAAGGCUUGCCGAGCAAGCCACGAGGAUGGAGGCUGUCGAGACAAGGCUCGAGGAGCUGGUUGUGGUCGAUGCAAACCCUAAUCCUAGACCUCGACAAGAAGAAAGGGGAAGGAAAAACCGAGCUCCUCUACCCUUGGUUCAUGAAGUACAGCGUCAUAUGCGCCAGCAUAGAUGCCUUGGAAUGCCUCGAGCUGAAAGGAGAGGGCGGCAUCAAUAUCAUGAAGAGGAGUUUAAUGACGAGGAAGAAGUGAUGAGGACAUCAAGGGGCCAAUCACUCGAGCUAAGGCUAAGGCAUUCAAAGAGAAGUUUGCUACUUAUUUGGAGUGCUAUUUUCGAGACAUGGAUGUAG